AUGGUGAAAAGAGAAAAAACUAGUUCAGUUUCCGAUGAACUCGAUGAAGAGUCUUCCGUACUUAAUGAAAAUGGUAAAAGACCCGUAGAUGCACAAAACAAAGAAGGCAAGAAGCGUCUCAAAACAAAAAAUUUGUAUAGACAACCAACUGUGAAGGAAUUAAACCGGCUUCAGGAGACCGAGAAUUUGUUCAACUCGAAUUUGUUUCGCCUUCAAAUAGAGGAAGUUCUGGAUGAAGUCAAAGUCAAGGAAAAAAAUGUAAAGCGUUUCCAAGAGUGGUUUAACACUUUUAAAGAGCAUUUACUUUCCAUUCCAGAAAAUGAUACAGAGUAUGAUUUGAGUGAAAACAAAGUUUUUAAACAUCUCAAAGUAAAAUCACCAACGGGUAACGAUUUAAUUAAAACAAAAUGUAUGUUUAAAUUUCAUAAGUUUCAAGAUGUGGAGAUUGUUGGCUCAUAUGCUCUAGACACCUCAAUAAACUCAAGAUUUAUUGUUGAUAUACAAAUCACAGUCCCAGCUGACACAUAUACUAAAAAUGACUCCAUAAACUACAGGUAUCAUAAAAAACGGGCUGCAUAUUUAGCUUUUAUUGCUUCACAACUUAAAAACCUAGAAAUUAUUGAAGAGUUAAAAUAUAUUUAUUUAAAUGGCUGUCACACCAAGCCCAUUCUAUACGUCAAACCAACUGGAAAGUUAGGGAAUAGCUUAUCGGUCCAGAUUAAUUUAGUUUGUGAUUCUGAGGCAUAUAAACUGCACAGAUUUAGUCCAUUACGCAAUAAUCUAAGAGAAGCAUGGUUAUUUGGUAGUGAAAAUGCAGAAAACAACUUCGAUGUAGGGCCACCUACACCAUAUUACAAUAGCAGCAUAUUAUGUGACUUGAUUAGUAAAGUUAAUCAAGAAUUUUUAAAUGAAACUUUUGCAAACCGAGAUAAUUUGAAACAGGCUGUGGUUUUGUUGAAGAUAUGGUUAAGACAAAGGAAACUGCUAGUUUCGGGAUAUGUGAUAAGCAUGUUUGUUGCAUAUUUGGUCCAGAUAAAGAGAAUCAACAACAUUAUGAGCAGCUAUCAGAUUAUAAGGAAUGUUUGGAUAGCACUCAAAUCUUCAGAGUGGGACACAAAAGGCAUUUCAUUAUACAAAGGAUCAGCUCCCGCACCAUCCCUCGAGGAGUUUGAACAAAACUUUCCAGUAGUAUUUGUUGAUAAAUCUGGUUACUAUAACCUUUGUUGGAAUAUGCACAAAGGGACUUACAAUGCAAUGAAAAGAGAGUGUACUUUGGCUAUCGAAAUGUUAGAUAAUCCUAAAAUAAAUAGUUUUAUACCACUGUUUAUGACUCCUGUGCAACCUUUAAUGCAAUUCGACCAUGUUAUAAGAUUUAAGAAUCUCUCCAAACUCAAAGAGAGUGUUUUAAACAAAGUCCCAAACACAUCCAAAAUUAACUAUGGUGUGAAUCAAUUAGCCCUGGUCACAGACACUAUUUACGAUUUACUAAGUAGAGGUCUUGGAAACAGAGUGGAUUUGAUAUUGCAGCUGGUUGAGGCGGACUUUUCUUGGCCUGUAAAUAAAAAUGUAGACAAAAUUAAACAUGGAUAUGAAGAAAAGUUAUCUUUCGGUCUAGUGUUGAACUCGGUGAAUGUGACUAACAUAGUUGAUAGAGGACCACCAGCAAAUCUCCCCGAGUCUGAGGAAUUCAGGGCGUUUUGGGGAGAGAAGUCUGAACUGCGUCGUUUCCAGGACGGCUCGAUCACAGAGGCUUGUGUCUGGACCGCGGACAGCGCGGCCGAGAGACGAGCUCUGCCCAAGCAGAUCGUCGACUACCUCAUGAAAUUCAAAUACGGUGUUCCACCGACGCAAAUGUUCCAUGUGUGCGAGCAGCUGGAUGGUCUGCUGGUGACACGAAGUGCUGGUCGCGAGAGCGUCGAGGAGAGCUGUGUGCGAGCGCUGCAGGCCUUCGACCGGCUGCGGCGAGACCUGCGCGACCUGGAACAGCUGCCGCUACACAUCAGCGCUGUUUACGGCGUGUCAGAAGUGUUCAGCUGCAGCUGCAACGUGGUUCCCGCGGCUCGCAGUAUGCAGAACAUUCGAAGACGCGGCAGCUCUGCACUACUAAAAGACACGCCGCAAGCACGUCUGCCACCUUACACUCCAGCACAUACCGCAGUACUCGAACUAGGUCACAGUGGCAAAUGGCCGGGUGACAUCGAAGCGUUCCGCUGUCUGAAAGCGGCCUUCAAUAUACAGAUCGCGGAUCGCCUCUCGAAACAAUUCUCCCUGCCAACGCAACCAUAUCCGACUCACGUCGACGUACUAGUGGAUGGAUACGUCUUCCGUCUCAAGAUCGCGCACCCGAAAGAGAUCACUCUGUUGCGGAGGGAGAUGGAGAACGGAGUCGUGAAAUACAAGGAAAGUGAGGAGAGUAUCAACUUGCAGUGCGAGACUCUCUUGCUGCCGCGCUUGAGAGGUGCAUUGCACGGGUUGCACCAGAAGCACCCAGCCUUUGGGCCAGCCGUGUGCUUACUGAAACGAUGGAUAUGUGGUCACUUGAUGUCAGCACCACAUUUUCCACAUGUCUUGCCUGAACUGCUGGUGACAACUGUCUUCGUGAAGCCAAGUCCCUUCGAGCCGCCGGCACAACCGCGAACAGCCUUCCUCAGGACUUUACGUCUGAUCGCCGAGACCGAUUGGUCCACAGAGAUGAUCGUUCUGGACUUCAAUGACGAUGUGUCGCAUGAAGAGAUAGCAGAGCUGGAGCGUAAAUUCAACGAGCGCGACCAACAGAGCCCAGCUAUGUAUAUAGUGACUGCUUACGACGGCGAUUUGCCGUCGGUGUGGAGCUGGGUGUCACCCAGUAGAGAGGUGCUGGUUCGAAUCCGGGCCAUCGCACGUGCUACACUAACGUACUUCGAGACUGCAUUACUACAGGACUUCAAGGACAACGUGUUGGGUGCCUUCGUACCUUCACUUUCCGGAUAUGACGCUCUGAUUCACUUGUUGUCGCACGUGGUCCCACUCGCCGCAGAACGGAUCGACCGGAUGCUGGAUAGCACUGGCAACCGGAAGCCGAAUGACGCCAGCAAAUCCGAUGAUGGUCUGAACGAAGUGCUUCCAGUCGUGGAGUUCAACCCGGUCACUAGAUAUUUGGACGAGUUAAGGAGUGCGUACAGCGAGUUUGCGUUGUUCUUCCACGACUACUAUGGCGGUGACGUCAUCGCCGUGCUGUGGAGGCCAGACAUCGACAACAUCAGAGAUUUGCAGAUCACAAACGCCAACGCCUUGAAACCAGUAGACGUGGACGGUGAAACCAAAUAUAGAGUGAACAAGGAAGCGCUGCUCGAAGACUUCCGGAUAUUGGGACGUGGAAUUGUAAAAGAUAUCACUGUGUCAUAA